AGUUGCCGAUCUGCUACUAUGUUAGUCGUGUAAACUGUGAACUGCGAAGAACAGCAACACGUUGCGACGCCGGUUAACUUUUAAGUUUUGGGAGAUCAAGCACAAAAGAUUUAACACAUAUUUUAUCGUUGUUAAAACUAGCGACACACGAAGAAAAAGAAUUAGAAUUGACUUGAAAACGAUUCUCCGAUUGAAAAAGUGCGAUGGCGCCCCGGAAGAUUGUGAAACAUGCUGUUUCGGAGGUUGCAGACAAGGUCGCAGAAGCCGGUGAUAUAUCACUAACGAAAAAGAAGAAAACCGCUACAAAGUCAGCGAACAAAAGUGAUGAGGAAAAACCCAUCCGAUUACCAAGAGCUGCGAAAUCAGCAAAAGUUGAACAAAUUGAGACCGUCAACGCAGCGAAAACUGUGAAACCGGCGAGUAAAACGACGACCGCCAAAAGUACUUCGACAAAUAAAAAACAUAAACAAGCUGAAGAAAAUACUGUAACGGAAUUAGCUAAAACGAAAAGCGGUAAAGCGGAAAAUGCAGAUCAUCCAGAAAUAGUAGCUGUAAAAAGGAAAAAACAGGCGAAUACAGAGGCAGCAGCAAAAGUAAAGUUAAGCAAGAAAAAAGCUCAGGUUGAUGACAUAGAGCAAGAAGAAAACAUGGUUGCAAAAAGAACAAUUGUGUCAUCUAGAGAUACUCCAAUGAAACAAAGAUUGCGUCCAAAUAGUAUCAAAAAUAAGGAAAACUCAACAAUCCGAAAAAAACCUACUAGAACUCGUGGCAAAACUGCAAAACGUAAUGUUGACGAUGAAUUGACAGAAGUUACUCAGAAAGCACAGGAGAAAAUAACUAUGGAGACAGUGAUAAUGACGAAAAAAGGAAGAGGAAGAAAGAGGGCUGCGACAAAAGAAGAAAAUGGAGAUACAGAGGGGAAAAAGACAUCAAAUUCAACAGAAAUGAUAGUUAGUAACAACAAUGUACAGAAAUCACUGGAUGAAAGUGACAAGAAAGAUGAUUCUGAAAAACAAGACACAAAUAUAGAGAAACAAGAGUACGAAGCUACAGUUAGUGAUGAAAUUGAUGAAGAUAAUGUACAAAGUGCAUUAAUCAAAGAAGAAGAAGAAGAAGAAGAAGAAGAAGAUUAAUGCUCAACAUUAAUUUUUUACUUGAAAUGUUUCUUAAUAUAAUAUAUUAUCAAUAUUUUAAUAUAUUUUGUACAAACAAAAAAUAACGAGUAUUUUCACUCUGAGAGAAACUCUUAGAAAAACGUACAUUAUAAGAAGUCAACAAUAUAUUUCAGUUGCAUAUUGUUUCAUAAAAAUGUUAUUUGUAUUCUUCAUAAUGUUUUUUACAUAAUAUAAAUUUUUUAAUCAAUUUUUGCAUCGUUUUAAUAAAACUGUUGUGUCAUGAAUAAUCAAGAUUAUUUGUCUUAAAUGGCCAAUAGUGUCUAUUGGUGUCACGGAUUCUCCUCGUAAUCUGCUCCAAGUGGCAAAGAGAAGACAAUGGGAUUGGAUAAUUCCAAUGGAUUGCCAAUGGAAUCCAUGGCAUUAGUAUUACGUUUUCGUGAUACUCUGCCAUAACGCAAGAUAUAAGCGUGACGUACGCACAAAUCUAGCCAAUCAAAAGUUCCAUAUUGCAAUCGGAGAUAAAUGCAAUUAAAAAUAGGAAUACAUACCUAUUUAUAACAAAGUUUUUUAAUGUAAAUAAAAUUGAUAUUAAGUUUUAGAUAUGACAUGAUAAUUGGGAAAAUAAAGUACCUAUGAAAGAA